UCCAAUCUGUUUCAAUAACUUUAGAUUACCAAUCCGGUCCAAUCCGGCCAUACUCACCCCUAGUUCCCGGUUCUCAAGAGUCACCGGCAAAUCGCCCGAGCACUCAACUGAACUUACUUUAAAAAAUGGCGACUCUCUCGACUCUCGGAGCAUCAAUCGGUCGCAAAUCCGUGGGAAUUUCGAAACCCUACUUUUCUCAACUCUUCAAUUCGAAUUCAAUUCCAUGCACUCUCAAUUCUCCUCAAUGGCAAUAUCAGAGUCUCAGAACACUCCUUUUAGAUCGCAUAUCCGAUUGCGUAAAGCUUCACAGACACUCCGAUUCCGAUUCCGGAAUUAUUGAGGUUAAAUUGGAUAGGCCUGGAGCAAAAAAUUCCAUUGGGAAGGACAUGCUGAGAGGAUUGCAGCACAGCUUUGAAGCUAUAAAUAGGGAUUCUAGUGCAAAUAUUUUAAUGAUCAGUAGUUCAGUUCCCAGAAUGUUCUGUGCAGGUGCUGAUUUGAAGGAACGGAAGACAAUGAGUUCAUCUGAGGUUCAGGCUUUCGUGAACUCUUUGCGCUCCACUUUCUCAUACUUGGAGGCGCUUCAUAUCCCUACUAUAGCUGUUAUUGAAGGUGCAGCAUUGGGUGGCGGAUUGGAAAUGGUUCUAUCUUGUGAUCUUCGGAUUUGUGGAGAAGAUGCUGUGUUGGGCUUGCCUGAAACGGGCCUUGCUAUAAUACCUGGGGCAGGUGGGACCCAACGGCUUCCUAGGUUGGUUGGAAUAUCGGUGGCGAAAGAACUUAUAUUUUGUGGUCGGAAAGUUGGUGGCAGAGAUGCAGUUUCAAUGGGCCUUGUCAAUCACUGUGUUCCUGCUGGUGAAGCUCAUUUAAAGGCACUUGAAAUUGCUCGGAAUAUCAAUCAGAAGCAGUUAUCUUUUACCUGUCAGACUUUGCGAAGUGGCAGUAUACAUUGCAUCCCUUGUAAGACCAAAACUGCUCCCAUGUCAAAGUCAAUAUCAGACAAACCCUGUGUUGGCUUGGGUCCGUUGGCAUUAAGGAUGGCAAAGCGAGCUAUUAAUGAGGGGCUCGAGGUAGAUAUGGCAUCAGCUUUGGCAUUGGAAGAAGAGUGCUACGAACAGCUUUUGAACACAAAAGAUCGCUUAGAAGGCUUGGAAGCAUUUGCUGAGAAGCGAACUCCUAAAUAUACAGGUGAAUGAAAAAGAACAUAACCUAAUAACUUACUUCUAGUGCUUUUGGUCCCUUGUGCCUAAUAUUAUCUAUUAUCAUUUAUCAUUUGAACUUGAGAGGACCCAAAUGCUGGCAGGCUCUAAUUUAUAAGUUAAAGAGUUAACAAUUUUUAUAUCUUUCAAUCAUGUGGUGAGGAUAUUUGGGAUUUUGGACAUGUACCAUGAUGUAUCAUUUGAGAAAGGCUACUUUAUAUUAGUAAAAGAGCUUCUUUAUAGACCUUUCACAUUAA